AUGAAUUGCUAUAAAGGCAUAUUGUCAAUAUAUCGGCGCAUUAUCAAGUCCUCCAAUGUCCCCGCAAUCUCGAAAUCUACUAGACGAUUCAAGGGUUAUAAAAGUGAAGAACCGCUGGUCCUCCCAAGAGUAGUAAUCGACCUCGACGCUCCUGACAAUCCCGCCGUCCGCGAUUACGAUGAAAUAAAAGACAAUGUCCUAACACCAUUCCAACAACAAGUUGUCAGAUCAACCGAGAAGGCCAAAGCCAAACGCGCAAAACUAGUUCGCAAACAGUUGGAACUGGGAGUUGAGGGAUUCCCUCGCAAAGGUGGAAAAAAGAAUCAGCGAAUUAGAGAUCAAUCUCUAGAACAUGAGUUAGCAUACAAUCCAGAUGCUUCCCCGCCAACUGUCACGGCUAUGGAUCUGAUGACUUAUGCGCUCAUGGGGAAUCCAUUCAUGACGAAGGUUUCAAAGAGACCACCCCACGUGAGGGAUGUACAUAUGGAGGGGUUAUUCAUUGCUCACAGUAUUGAUUUUAAGGACACAGCAAAUAUGACGAUCAGGGCUUUGACGGAGGACUUUGAUAUCUCGACGGAUGGACAAGGUGGAGAGAAUGUGGAUACAGAAGGGAAUCGAGAAAUUGUGAGAAAAAGAAAGGAAAGAAAGAUGCUAGGAAUGAGCGGGAUAGGAAUUGAGGGGCAGAAGGUUCAGACAUAG